UCACCACCGCGAACGCGCCGCGCGCAAUCACCCGCGAGCUUUCCGCACGAGCAAUUGCGCAUACAGCCCCCGUCGCUAACCGUUAAUGCCUCAGCGAGUUCAAGGAGCAAGCCCCUAGGAAGGCGUGCCCUACAUGGCGCCCAAGGACAAACAGCCGCGCGAAGAAUCAAUCGAGCGCACCACCGAAUAUGAAGAGUUCCUGGACAAACUAGCAGAAUACCACGAAAAGCGAGGGACCAUCCUCGACCGCGAACCCAAGAUCGGCAGCCGACACAUCGACCUGUUGCGCCUGUACAAGCGCGUCAACGCAGAGGGCGGCUACGACAAGGUUUCCGACACCAAGGGCAACAAGCUUGCCUGGCGACGUCUGGCCGGCGAAUUCCUCCCCGGCAGCGCGAACCUGACCACGCAAGCGUUUCUAGUCAAGACGGCAUACUACAAGAACCUCGCUGCCUACGAGAUAUCCACCAUUCACAAGCGCGAACCCCCACCCAAAGAAAUCCUGGAAGACGUGUCUGCGAAAGGCGGCGACCUGUUGACCCGCACCGCCGAGAAUUACUUCCGUCCUGCCAGCCGGGAAACAGAGCGGCUGCGUGGCGACGACGAGUCUGACGAUUCGGAAGGCGACGGCGAGUCAAAGACCCCGCGCGAUAACAAGAUGGACGUGGACGACCCCGGAAGUCUGGGACGGCGUUCUCUCCGCCAUGCUCCGCCGCAGCGAGUCCUCUUCCAGCCAGAGGUCUCGCGACGAGAGACCCGCCAAUCUACCGGUCAUGUAAAUUCGCCUCAACCCAACGGCGUCUACGGGACCAGCGGAGCUGCCAUGACUAUCGCCAACUACGAGCCGCGGAGCAGCGCGCCCUCUAACAUGAAGCCCGUGAACACGCCGUCGAACAAUCCAGAAUACUUCAAUCAGCUGAAGAGGAAAUAUAUCCUCAAUAGGAAGAACAGGCCCGUGCCGCUCAAGGGCAUGAUGCUUCCUGGUACAGGUUUUCCCGGUCCGAACAUAUACAUUAGAGCUCUUCAUGCCCUGCGAUCAAAGGAGCCUGAAGAGGAGGCUUAUGCUCUGCACCACCUGGUCAAAAUUUCGCACGAACGUGGCGACAAGUAUAGGUUUGACCAAUUCCCUGGUCUAGCCGAGGCACUCAUCGAAAAGAUUAUACAAGCCGCGUCUUUGUACUUCGAUGUGCAAUGGGAGGUAUCAUAUGUCGAGGAAGAGUUCGAUCAACCAAACGUCCUGAACGGCCUCGGCGGGACCAAGGAUCUCCUGCGGCGCAUUCAGUCGCUGGAGAUCUUGGAUAGGCGGGACGAUCUCUUACCGGAUGAAGAUGCUAAAUCUCUCAACAUGAUCAACGAGGCAGCUCUCAUCUUACGGAACAUGGUUAUGCUUCAGGAAAAUGCCUUCCUCGUUUCAACGAUACCAUUGACAAAAGAUCUUCUUGUGAUAUUGCUGAACCUUCCAAGCCAUCCAACGACGAACGAAUUGCAGCAUUAUGCACUGGAAAUCUUGGAGCAGACAACCAAGUUCUGGUACAUGGAGCCCCAAAGUCCCUUGUACCAAUCGUUGCUUGCACAGGUUGACUGUGAUGAUCGCGGAAAGAUCAUAACAUCAUUAAGAGCGCUAGGCCGGAUUGCGAUGAACCUCGAAGCUACUAAUAAGCUCACUGGUGCCCCGACCAAAAUCCUCAAGUCCAUCUGUGACUGGCUACUCGUCGAAGAUGAGGAGCUUCGAAUUGCCUGCCUGGAUUUCCUGUACAUUUUCACUGGUUUCGCAGACAAUGUCCAGAUACUGGUCGAUGAAAUAGACGUGGAAGUGCUCGUGAGCCAGCUGGUCCGACUGCUCCAAUUCGGUGCUCAAGCCUUUGAAGAGCGCCGAAACAGUCCGAAGACUUCGAAGUCUACUUCGCAUGCGGAUGACGCACCCAAGUUGUCUUCUGCCAUAAUAGAACAGCUUGUCACUCUUGACGAGCCCGAACGCAGUUCGCAGUGGCUACGGACAUGCUACGAGGAAGACCCCACCGGCGAGAUCACCCAGAUACAGCUGUGGACUGCCUACAACGCGGCUUUCUCAGAUAUGAUGCCGAACAACGCGUCCUAUAAACAGCUCAUGCCGGCAAAAGACUUCAUUACAAAUGUGUCCACAACGUUUGUCGGAGCGCAGGCCCAGGUGAUCACGACCACCAGUCCGCCGAAAUACACGAUCAAGGGUAUCCGCCCGCGGUCGGUCCCGGUCGACCCCGCGACGAAGAAACCAUACCUUCGCUGCUGCUGGCAUCCACCAAGCCUGCUGAAUGGCGUUUCCGACAGUAAGCACUCGUCCGCGAAAGUCGAAUGCGGUGAGUUUGCGUCUGGCGUCAAAGCCAUGUGGGAACAUGUAGUGUCUUCGCAUCUCAAAGUGCCACGGGACGACGAGACAGGGAAAUGGCUGUUGGAGCAAAAGCCUGACAUCGACAUGGAGAAUGGCGACGCAAUAAGCACUUCCAAGCCGCCCAAGUACUUCUGCCAUUGGGGUGGGUGCACGCAUUUCGACGCAGCCGGCACAGAGUCUGCGUACGAAGCUGGCCAGCACAUCAAGACGCACCUUCCUGAUACUGGCCUUCUACAUGCCGUCCACGCGAAGCAUAAUCGUACACCGUCGAACUCUACACCACUCACUUCGUCCGCGCAAGUCCGCCAUGAGAACUUCCAACCCCAGUUCAGCCAGCCUGUGGGCCUGGGUAGCUUGGGCAUGGGAGCACGACACAACGAUAAGUACGGAAACGGCGACCGGCCUGUCCCGACAGUCCAGAUGCCCGCUCAAACCCCUGCGCCCAAUUUCAGGUACUACAACACAGUGACCGAUGAGACCAGUGAUGCUGCUGGUCUGCCACUAUCAUCCAUCCUUGUGCUUCGGAACCUUGCGCGUCAACUUGGAAAGCUUCCACCACCCUCUUCUGUACAUGAAAUCCCAGAUUCGCCUGUACACAAACGUACCUUUAGCGAGUCUAGUCCGGAUCAUCGGCGAAGCACUGGCGGAAAGAAGCCGAGGCUGAGCGACGCCGCGCGGGAGAAUAGAGAUCGGGAGAUGUUGAGGGAUGAGCAGGACGAACAGGAAGCGAGGUCUGCAGGCUGGGUCCCAAGGGUCUUCACGCCCGUGAAAGAACAGCUUGGAUUUGUAAUGGCGCACAAUUUGACGCUUAGAAACUAUAUGGGGCCGCUGUUCAGGGCGAUUGCUGAAGGCGAGACGAAAUCGGUCCCUAGUCAUGCCUAAGGCACAAUACGAGUAUGGCGGCGUUCUGGGGCGCCGAUUUUCAUCGAGCGGCAUUUCUUGGAUUGGCGUUGAUGUCAGUGUGGGCAGCGCGGUUUGGAGGGGUUCCUUUUGCCUUGCGCCUGGCGUCCAGAACCGACUUGGUUGCAAACACCUGCGACUGUGUCGAGACUUGUCCGUUCUCUGAUAGAUUAUCAUCCAUAUUUAGUCGAUGCC